AUGGCAGCCUCAGGAAUGCAAUAUACCCCAAGCAGGUUAGCGCGCCAGACGGACCCGACGCGCCGCGAAGUCGCGGCGGAGGCUGGCCACUCCGCUCCCUACCUUUAUCUACUCCUACCCCGUACUCCCAUGACAAUUCCCUAUCUAUUCUCCUUCCCUCUACGAAUUAACCAUCUUCAAUCUCAUCGCAUCAAAAUCGACCAAUUCCCCCUUCCAAUCCGAGAACAAACCCCCAUCCGACGCGUCCGGUUCCCGUUUCCGUCCCCGUCCCCAUCCCGCCACUCGAACCACGGUCUCGAUCAUCUCCGAGAUACCCACCUACCUACCUACUUUGAGACGGAACAAAAUCCUACAGACAAGAUGAUGUUCGCUACACCCAUGCCUCAACAAUUCGUCCCCUUCACCCCAGUCCGCCCAUCUCCUCUCUCGCCGCGCCGCGCAAACACCACACCUUCGCGCCCCAUGACGACAACAACAGCCGCAGCUCCUGCUUCCUCCCCGACGUCGCCCUCGCCGUCCCAAUUCUCCUUCCAGCCGCAAUUCCAAUUCCAAUUCCAACCCACAGACCCAUCCGCAACGACCUCAACCGGAACCGCGAACCCAAGCCCAUGCCCAAUCACAAACACAAACACGCAAUGGUCUCCCUCUCCCUCUCCCUCCACCGCCACCGCAUUCGCAUUCUCCCCUCAACAAACACCCACAUCUCCCUCCCCUCGCACAGCCCAACCCACCUACGCGCACCGCUACGCCACCAAGAUCUCCAACCCGCUAUCCAACCAACCGCGCUCCUACACGGCGUCCUCAUCGCCAACGGCGCGCUCGACGCGUCGCAACGCCUUCCUGAACCGCAUCAAGCAGGAGCGCGAUGCGGGACGAUUCGAGAACCGCGGCGAGCAGCUAGCGCUGAUGGAGCAUGUCGCGGAGGAGAAGAGGUGGGGGGAGACAAUGCGACGGAGAGCGGAAAGGCUGGCCGCGGGGGGUUUGGAUUUGGACUUUGAAGGUGAUGUUGCGCAGGAUGAGGAGCAGGAGGUGGAGUUGAGUGUUGAAGGUACGGUGUCCCUGUCCCCGCCCAUUUCAUUUCCUAGUGGGUUAUCGCUAACAUUCGUCUUCUCUGAUCUAGAUGAAAUCGCUCUAGAAGAGUACCUGAGACAGGAGGAUGCGGCGCACAUGGGACCUUGGGGAUCUGAUCAUGCAGCAGCUAUGAAUCCUGGCCAGGGGGGUGGCUAUAAUGGGUCUAAAGAUGCCGGCUCGUUCAGUGAUGAGGAGUACGAUGACAUCUUUAUGGAUUUGGCGCAGCCGCCUAGUCAAGAUAUGGAUAUGAGUGGGUGA